AUGAUGAAGAAAAACAAGGCCCCCUCCUCCAGGAGAGCUGAAAUCCAACAUUUGUACGAUUGCUACGCCUGUGGACAGGAGACUCUGCCCGCCUGCGCCCUCCUCAGGUUCCUCCACAAGGAGCAAAUGGAGCUCACAGCAAACGAGGAGUUGUCAGAGAGUUUGAUUGAUAGAUAUGAGAUUGAAGAGACCGCCAGAGAAAGCAGGUUCAUGACGUUUGAAGGAUUCCUCAGGUACAUGGAGUCCAGAGACUGCUGCGUGUUCAACCAGAACCACACGUCUGUGUACCAAGACAUGGACAAGCCCCUCACCAGCUACUUCAUCUCCUCUUCACAUAACACCUAUCUGACUGGAGAUCAGCUAGUAGGAAAGAGCCACCUGGAUGCCUACGUUUGUGCUCUGAGGAAAGGCUGCCGCUGUCUGGAGAUUGACUGCUGGGAUGGGCCAGACAUGGAGCCUGUAGUCUACCAUGGCUACACCCUGACCACCAAGAUACUCUUUAAGGAUGUCAUCUCCACUGUGGAGCAACAUGCCUUCGAGGUGUCUGCUUACCCAGUAAUCCUGUCAUUAGAGAACCAUUGCUCCAAGGAGCAGCAGGAGGUCAUGGCCCAAUACCUCAUCUCCAUCCUGGGGGACAAGCUGCUGAGGACUCCCUUGGAUCACCAAACCAAUGGAGACCUCCCAAGCCCAAAUGACCUGAAAUAUAAAGUCCUCAUCAAGAAUAAAAAGCUAAAGAUUAAGAGGGAGGACACGGCAGGGACAGAGAUAGAGGAGAGUGUUGAAGAGGGCGAGGAUGAGGAGGAGGAGGAGGAUGAGGAGGAAGAAGAUCAUCAAUCCAAAGCAAAGUUCUGGUCUCCCAGAAAAGCAGGGCCAAAGGUGAAAGUAAAGGCUCUAUCAGACCUGGUCAUAUACACCAGGUCUGUCAAGUUCAUCAGCUUCAGUCACUCCAGGGACAAUCAGAACCACUUUGAGAACACAUCCAUGGCAGAGAAGAAAGCUCGCAAGCUAGCCAAAGCCUCAGGUGCAGAUUUUGUUCAACACAACCAGAAGUUCCUCAGCAGGAUUUACCCCGCUGGCUCAAGGACGUCUUCAUCAAACUACAACCCUCAGGAAUUCUGGAACGUCGGAUCACAGCUCGUGGCUCUCAAUUUCCAGUCUCUGGGCUUGGCUAUGGACCUUAAUGAUGGUCGUUUCCAGGACAACGGGGGCUGUGGAUAUGUCCUGAAGCCGCCGGUGCUCAUGUCCAGUCAGAGGAGCUUUGAUCCCGCCUGCAGCCAGCACAGCAUCAAACCAACACACCUGCUGCUAAAGGUCAUUAGUGGGUCCAACCUACCUGUCCCCAGGAGUGGCAAAGCCCUGGACCCCUUCGUCAGAGUAGAAAUUCACGGGAUCCCAUCCGACUCGCAGAGAAAAAACACACAUACUGUCAAAGGCAACUCUCUGAGUCCUCACUGGGAUACAGACAUGAACUUCAAAGUCAGUGUCCCCGAGCUGUGCCUUGUCCGCUUCUGUGUCAGGGACCAGACCGGCUUCCUCAGCAGUGAUUUUGUGGGCCAGUACUCCGUGCCCUUCACCGGCCUGAAGAAAGGCUACCGCUGGGUUCCUCUCCGGUCCCGAGACGGAUGCAGCCUGGAUCCAGCCUCGCUUUUUGUCUUCGUUUGGUGUUCCUAAAAACAACUCUAUGUUUUAGACUCACACACACAUACACCUCACCAACAGAUCAAGAAGUGUGGAUGAUUCAGUAACAACAACAAAACAAUAUAUAUAAAUA